AUGGAUCUUAUUCCGGCAUUGGAGGACAUUGACUGUUGGCGAUUGGCGUCCGCAGUACGUCACUUGACCUCGCUUCUCAUCGAACCGGGAGUUUCCGUAGAGUCAUCCGUGGUCGAUGAAAAUCACAAUUCGUGUGCUCUGCGAUCACCCCUGCCCGGCUAUGAGAACCGCUUGCAUCACCGGCUAUGGGAACAGAUGAAUCAUGCGGAAGGUUCGUGA